AUGGCUGCCAAUUCCAUCAAGCUUUUGACUGGUAACAGUCACCCUGAGCUUGCGAACCUUGUGGCUGAUCGCCUCGGCAUCGAACUGACCAAGAUCAUGGUCCUCCAAUACUCCAACCAGGAGACGAGCGUGACCAUUGGUGAAAGCGUACGAGAUGAGGAUGUUUUCAUUUUGCAGUCUACCAAGCCCAACGACAUAAAUGACGGUUUGAUGGAGCUGCUCAUUAUGAUCAAUGCUUGCAAGACAGCUUCUGCGAGACGUAUCACAGCUGUUAUCCCCAAUUUCCCCUAUGCUCGUCAAGAUAAGAAGGACAAGAGCCGUGCGCCUAUCACUGCAAAGCUUAUGGCCAACAUGCUCCAGACUGCUGGCUGCAAUCAUGUUAUCACCAUGGACCUUCACGCCAGCCAGAUCCAAGGCUUUUUCAAUGUCCCGGUCGACAACUUGUACGCUGAACCCAGCAUUCUCAAGUGGAUCCGGGAGAACCUGGAUGUGAGCAACUGUAUCAUCGUCAGUCCAGAUGCUGGUGGUGCGAAGCGUGCCACUGCUAUUGCUGACCGUCUCGACUUGCAAUUCGCACUUAUCCACAAGGAACGUCCUCGCCCGAACGAGGUCUCCCGCAUGGUUCUUGUCGGCAAUGUUCAGGAUAAGGUCGCCAUCAUCGUGGAUGACAUGGCCGACACAUGCGGAACUCUGGCCAAGGCUGCCGAUACCGUAAUGCAGCACGGAGCCAAGGAGGUGAACGCGAUCGUCGUUCACGGUAUCCUCUCCGGCAAGGCCAUCGAAAACAUCAACAAGAGCUGCCUCAAGCGUCUUGUGGUUACCAACACUGUUCCUCACCAAGAGAAGAAAGAGCAGUGCGACAAGAUCGAGACUAUCGAUAUCAGCCCUACUCUUGCCGAGGCCUGCAGACGUACGCAUAACGGCGAGUCUGUGAGUUUCUUGUUCUCCCACGCUGUCGCUUAG